AUCCAACAACAUUCAUCAUGGGUAAGGUUCACGGUUCCCUCGCGCGUGCCGGUAAGGUCAGGUCUCAGUGCCCCAAGGUCGAGCCCCAAGAGAAGAAGAAGCAGCCCAAGGGCCGAGCUCUCAAGCGAUUGCAAUACACUCGUCGAUUCGUCAACGUUACCGUUGCUCCCGGUGGCAAGCGAAGGAUGAACCAGCAGCCCGUCGGCAAGUCCGGAUAAACAUUUUCUCAACAGAGACGAAUGGAGAUCUGGAUAUUGGAGAUUUGGG